CAUGCGUGCUUCGUCCUGUCUAUUUCCGACCCCCGGCUUUCCCCGGCCAGAAGUGGUGUCUGGACCUCGUGCGACCUGGACUGCAGCUGCCAGUGAUGCUUGCCUUCUCGCUGCGUUGGGCGACUCGGCCUCUCAAGAGAUGUGGGCCGCUGGGUGGCAUGGCUGUGCGGUGCCAGCACAGUGAGGCAGCUCGGACCCAGGCUGGAGAAGCAGUGAAGGGCUGGACAGGCCAGGAGAGCCUGUCAGAGAGUGACCCUGAGAUGUGGGAGCUGCUUCAGAGGGAGAAAGACAGACAGUGUCGUGGCCUGGAGCUCAUUGCUUCAGAGAACUUCUGCAGCCGAGCUGCUCUGGAGGCCCUGGGCUCCUGUCUAAACAACAAGUAUUCGGAAGGUUAUCCUGGCAAGAGGUAUUAUGGGGGAGCAGAAGUAGUGGAUGAAAUCGAGCUAUUGUGCCAGCGUCGGGCCCUGGAGGCCUUUGACCUGGAUCCUGCACAGUGGGGAGUCAAUGUCCAGCCCUACUCUGGGUCCCCAGCUAAUCUGGCUGCCUACACCGCUCUCCUGAAGCCUCACGACCGGAUCAUGGGUCUAGACUUACCUGAUGGGGGACAUCUCACGCACGGCUACAUGUCCGACGUCAAGCGUGUGUCUGCCACCUCCAUCUUCUUCGAGUCUAUGCCCUACAAGCUGAAUCCCCAAACUGGCCUCAUUGACUAUGACCAGUUGGCCUUGACCGCGCGCCUUUUCCGGCCGAAGCUCGUCAUAGCUGGCACCAGUGCCUACGCUCGACUCAUUGACUACGCCCGCAUGAGAGAGGUAUGUGAUGAGGUCAAGGCUCACCUGCUAGCAGACAUGGCCCACAUCAGUGGCCUGGUGGCUGCCAAGGUGAUCCCCUCACCUUUCAAGCAUGCGGAUGUUGUCACCACCACAACCCACAAGACCCUCCGAGGGGCCAGGUCGGGGCUCAUCUUCUACCGGAAGGGGGUACGGACUGUAGACCCCAAGACUGGCCGAGAGAUCCCAUACACAUUUGAGGACCGGAUCAACUUCGCUGUGUUCCCCUCCCUACAGGGGGGUCCCCACAACCAUGCCAUUGCUGCAGUCGCUGUGGCCCUAAAGCAGGCCUGCACCCCCAUGUUCCGGGACUAUUCCCUGCAAGUUCUGAAGAAUGCUAGAGCCAUGGCUGACGCCCUGCUGGAGCGAGGCUACUCCCUGGUGUCGGGUGGCACUGACAACCACCUUGUGCUAGUGGACCUGCGGCCCAAGGGCCUGGAUGGAGCUCGAGCAGAGCGGGUGCUGGAGCUUGUCUCCAUCACGGCCAACAAGAACACGUGUCCCGGGGACCGAAGUGCUAUCACCCCAGGGGGCCUACGGCUUGGGGCCCCGGCUCUGACCUCUCGACACUUUCGGGAAGAUGACUUCCGCAGGGUGGUAGAAUUUAUAGACGAGGGCGUCCGCAUUGGGUUGGAGGUGAAGAACAAGACUGCCAAGCUCCAGGAUUUCAAAUCCUUCCUGCUCAAUGACCCAGAAACCAGCCGCCAAAUCACUGACCUCCGGCAACGGGUGGAAAAGUUUGCCAGGGCCUUCCCCAUGCCCGGCUUUGACGAGCAUUGACAGCAUCUUGGAAAUGGGGUGCACAGACUGAAAUUUCUUCUUCCCCCUCCUUGGACCAGCAGAGGGGAUGCCUGACACCAGUGUAUUUGCUGGAGGAGAGCACCCCCUCCCCAAAAAUCGCCCCCCCCCAACUCAGAGUUGAGUUGAUUCCUUUUGUAACAAGACUUGGAUCUUCCCAGGGCUUCCUGCCCUGCCUGCUCCCACUAUCUCAGUGUUAGACUCCCCACUUUCUUGAGGAGGGGGAGUUGCCUUCAUGAGCCAGGGCAGCAGAAGGGUAGGGUAGACACCCUCCUUUUUGUUUUUAUCUAAUAAAAUGCUAACCUGCCUCCUGCUUCUGGUUCUGGGGGAGGGAGUCCCCUGGGCCAGGUGGUGAUUUGUCUCCCUCAGUGUCUCCCCCACUCUCCAGCCCCCACCAGGACCCCCGGGGCUGCAGCCUCCUCCCUGUCUCUGAUCAGAGCCGACACCAGACGUGAUUAGCAGGCGCAGCAAAUUCAAUUUGUUAAAUGAAAUUGUAUUUUGCCCA